AGAAAAGAAAAGAAAAAAAAAGGGUUCUCCUUAUUCCACUAGCGAGGCGUGAGAUAGAUAGAUUCCAUCGGUGCGUUUCUGCUCUGCUAGGGUUUCAUCUUCUUCCAUCACCUCCGUCGCAAUGAAACCAGGCUUCAUCUGAAUCCGAUUCCCCUUCGCCCCUUCUCCUCCUUCACUUUCACCUUCUCCGAAUCCUCUACCAAUUAUUAUGAUGAACUCCAUCUUCGUCUCUCACAACCUUCGCGUCUUUGGUCCCGGCUUGAAUCCCUUCGCACCUUAUUGCAUCGCCAAUCACACCCUUUCCUCUCGCUAAAUACCAAUUCCCCUCUCCGAUUUUCGGGGUUACUUUACUUGGUCGUUUUGCUUUUUUCUUUGUGGUCGUUUUUGCUUUAAUUGCUGAGAAAGAUAGAAACAUGCUCGAGGAACAGCCUGUUGUUUUGUUCAGGAAGAGCCCUUCCAGGAGGCGCUUGAGAUCUGCCUUUGAUACCGAUGAUAGGGGUUGGACCUCGCUUCAUGUUUUCGCUCGAAAAGGCGAACUCAAAUUGGUUAAAAAACUUAUCAAUGAAGGAAUGGAUGUCAAUGUGUCUGCUUGGGGCCCCAAAUCAAAAGGGGUGACCCCUCUCCACCUUGCUGCCGAAGGUGGUCACAUUGGAGUGAUGGAUGUACUACUUGAGCGUGGUGCUGACAUUGAUGCCAGAACUAAGGGUGCCUGUGGCUGGACACCGCUCCACAUUGCAGCCAAGGAAAGGAGGAGGGAUGCUGUGAAAUUCUUGUUAGAGAAUGGAGCCUUCAUGCCACCUGAUAUCAGUGAUAGCAGAUUUAACCCACCGCUUCAUUACUGUCCCGGGCUGGAAUGGGCCUACGAGGAGAUGAAGCGACUUCGUCAAGAAGAUUUGUCUGCUGGAGAGACAUCUUACAGCUCCGAAAGUUAAUUUGCUUUUCAGGGACUUGGUUGGUGUUUGAUAGUGUGUGUUUGGAUGCCGUUCAGAGGAGAUCAAUGUGUGUCAGAUCAGAGUUAAUAUGACUAGCUUCUGCGUCACCUUUAUAAAUUUGACAUGAAAAUUUGUUGAUAUGUGCAUUCAGAAAGCGUAUCCAGACAUGCACUGAAUCUGUAUUGUGGGAAUAAAUGUAGAAUUGAAAUAAAACAAUUAUGUAUGUGUAACUAUUUUAGCAUGUUCGAUCUCUUGUUUAUGGAAACAAUCAUGUACGAUUUUAAUGUGAUAUGUUGUGAUUGCUGAUGUUUUCUUUUACUUGUAGACUAUGUUCAGAAUUCA